AAAACUAGUCCAGAUUCAAUGUAUAUGUACCUGUGGUUUAAUAAUCACAAAAAUGUUGAUAAGUUUCUUAUGAUGCUGAUAUAUUUUGAAACAACCUUUUAAAUAAAGAGAAACACAAGAAAAUCAUCUUCAACAUUAAACAUGGGAGAGAUAGAUCCAGCUUUUGUUCAAGAACAAGAACACAGACCAAAACUCUCCAUCAUCGAAGCCCAAGGAAUUCCCGAAAUCGACCUCUCUCCAUUAUUCCACCACGAAGCUCCAAAUCCAUCUGCUAUUGAAGGCUUAGUGAAGGAGAUUGGAAGUGCAUGCAAGGAGUGGGGAUUCUUUCAAGUAACAAACCAUGGAGUCCCUCUGAGUCUUAGGCAGAAACUUGAGGAAGCUUCUAGAUUGUUCUUUGCUCAGAGUUUGGAGGAGAAGAAGAAGGUUGCAAGAGACGCCAUCAGUCCAAACGGUUAUUAUGACACAGAACACACCAAAAACGUUAGAGACUGGAAAGAAGUGUUUGAUUUUACUUGCCAUGACCCUACUUUGGUUCCUGUUACUUCUGAUGAACACGAUGAUCGAGUUACUCAAUGGACCAAUCCAACCCCUCAGUAUCCUCCUCAGUUCAGGGCUAUAAUUGAAGAGUAUCUUCAAGAGAUACAAAAGCUGGCCUUCAAGUUACUGGAGCUAAUAGCUUUGAGCUUAGGAGUUGAAGCGAAGAGAUUUGAAGAAUUCUUCAAAGAUCAAACAAGCUUGCUUAGAUUCAACCACUAUCCUCCAUGUCCCUACCCUCACCUUGCUCUUGGCGUCGGAAGACACAAAGAUCCCGGUGCCUUGACUAUUCUUGCUCAAGACGAGGUUGGAGGACUUGAAGUGAGGCGAAAAUCAGAUCAAGAAUGGGUUUCUGUGAAACCUAUUCCUGAUGCUUACAGUAUCAACGUUGGUGAUAUCAUCCAGGUUUGGAGUAAUGAUGAAUAUGAGAGUGUUGAUCACAGAGUAAUAGUGAAGGAAGAGAAAGCAAGGUUUUCUAUUCCAUUCUUCUUCAACCCAGGACAUGACGCUGAAAUCAAGCCUUUGAAGGAGCUUAUAAACGACCAAAACCCUUCAAAAUAUAAGGCAUAUAAAUGGGGUAAGUUUUUAGUCAGCAGAACAAGCAGCAAUUUCAAGAAACAAGAUGGGGAGAAUCUUCAAAUUUAUCGUUAUAAGAUAUCUUAGAGAUUACAAUACGUUAAUAUAAGUAUCACAAUGUUACUUAAGUUGUUAAUGCAGUUAGUAUUUGUAACAUAUUUGUUAGUUAAUUUAAUUAUUUGUUUUUUAAUAUAUUUAAAAGACUUAGUCUUUAUGUGUGUUGUUAGUGCUGUUAGUUUGUUUAGUAGGUAAUUAGUUUUUAGGAAUUUUAAGUUCGUGGCUUUGUUGAAUUGUUCUGCUGUACUGCCUAUUUAUAAGGCUAUCUAUUUUCAAUAAAACUUCAUUCUCUCCAA